GCGCGUUGAGCUCGCCGAGGCGCCGCUUCUCGAUCAUGGCCUCCAAUCGAGAGGAGCGGCUGCAAAUGCGGCAGCGCGGCGCUGGGACACGCAAGAUCAAGGAAGUGAAUUUUGGCUUUGCUUUCGGUCUCGCUCCCCCGCCCGAAGAGCCGCCUCAAGCCGCGUCGCAACCCGUCGAUGUUGACAUUCCCACCGAACCGCUCGCCGCACCACAGCCACCUUCAGCUUCGGAGAUACGCAACCUCCUCUGUUAUCGCCAGAAAAGCAGCUUCCACCAUCAUCACAAGAUAGUGGACAGCUCCGAACUCCGGGCGGGGCGCGUAAUCAGCUCCCCGAGCGACCAUCAACAUUUGACAUACCGGAAGAUGAUGCGUUGGACCUUGGACGAAGCGGCAAGCGAAGAAAGAUUGCUCCCUAGCCAGAGUCCGAGAGUAUCCGUCGAGCCAGAAGUCACGCAACAGGAUAAACGAGACUCGCCAGUUCUCCAAAAUGGCGUACAUACAAGCGCGCCUGUGUCUAGCAAGCCGACAGAACCACGCGACGAACCCCCAAGCAUGCAAACUACUACAGAUACACCCCAAACGGAGCAGGCACCCCAAGAAGCGCUCGAUUUGACUACCGCCAUGGUAUCGGACACCCCGGCAGCUGAGGCGCCCAUCCCGGAGGAUGAACGUUCAGACCAAAAUAAUAUGAACCAGAAGUCCACGGAGCCUCCAAACGAGUCUUCCGGGGCAGAUGGAACGCCGGCGCUUGGAGCCACCACGAACGGCAAGCGUAAACGACGAGGGCCCAGUGCCGAUCAGCGACGGUCCCAGAGUAUUGAGCGGCCGGAGACUGAGACUGAGACCACACAGCAGCCAGCGCCACAGGAGCUAUCAUUGGAGACGAAUCGUGAUAAAUCCAUGGAAGCGGACUCUCCUAAUUCACAGCCUGGGAGACGGUCCAGAGGCCGACCGCGAACAUCAGCACAAUCAUCCCCAGCAACAAAUGAAGGGAGCGCGCAGAAUGAGGCCGCCUCAACAGAAAUCAUGCCGGGCGAGAGCAUACCGACCCAACAACAGACAACGAAAAGGCCUCGGGGUAGAAAAGCAAAAGAGCCGACGGAAGAUUCUGCUGCCAGUGAAACGCAAAAUGGCCAGCCUAUGGAUGAGGGUACUGUGGCGGAGGAGGAUGAUAUGGCUUCAUCUGAAAGAAGUCGCCAAUUGCGCCAAAAGUCAAAGGAGACGAAUCACACACAAAGGCAAGUUGGACGUCCCGGUAAGAAAGCUCUCCAGUCGCUGGAGAGUGUAGAGGCACCAGGACCAGCUGGUGAGAAGAGAAAACAGAGAAAAAGGCUGGAAUCCGAGCCUGAGCCGGAGGUUGAAACAGAAGGUUCAAAGGAGCCCAAACCAGCUGGCGAAAAGAGGAAACGAGGAAGGAGGUCAAAAGAGGAGUCAGAGCCGGAGCCUGAGCUGCAGCCCCAGAGUGAACCUCAGAACGAGUCCGAGGUUCCAAAAGAACCCAAACCAGCUGUCGAAAUGAGGAAACGCAGAAAGAGGCCAGACCAGGAGCAGGAGCAGGAGCAGGAGGUAGAACCGGAGGUGGAGCCCGAGCCCGAGGUUUCAAGAGAAUCUGAAUCAGCUCCCGAGAAGAGAAAGCGGGGAAGAAGGGCCAGAGGGGAGCAAGAGCUGGAGCCAGAACCUGAGCGCCAACCUGAAGCUCCUGAGGAGCCUGGACCAGCUACCGAAAAGAGGAAACGGAGAGGAAGGUCAUAUCAAGAACCUGAACAGGAACCGGAGCCGGAGACCCAAGCUGAGCUUGACCCUGGAUCUUCAAAGGAGGCAAAAUCAGCUGGUGAAAAGAGGAAGCGAGGAAGACGAUCAAAAGAGGAGCGAGAACCGGAGCCAGAGCCUGAGGGCCAAACCGAAGCUCCCGAGGAGCCAGAGCCAGCGCCAGCUCCCAAACGUGGUCGCGGCCGACCUUCACUAUCCAAUAAGGGUCCUGAAGUCACCCAGCGUGAGGAAGACCCUGAGGCUCAGAAUGAAAGUGGGGAGGCGGCUUCUCGCACGACUAGAAGGAAGCCCAGACAGCCUCGUGGAGAGACAGUUCCUGUAACUGUCCAUCGUCUCGCUAAUGUCGCUUCUCUUGGAGGCGAUGUUCAACCUUCCGAGGAAUCCGACGAGGAGGAGGAAUCUGCCGAUGAGCUCUCGACGAGACAGAAGACUAAACUCCCUAGUAGGGGAGGCGUGAAUGUCGCCGAUGUUCUUAGUCAAAUCUGCCGAGAAACACUCGAGAAGACGCUUACCACACUCACGAACGGAAUCUCCAACGAGGGGAAUGCAGCACGACGCUCAGAGUGGACCACCAAGAAAAAAGCCGUGGAAGCAUUCGGCACCGAGCUCGAAGGACGCCUCUUUGAACUGAGCGAAAUGCUCGACAGUAACUUCGUAUUGGGGGUCAAACUGAAGAAGGCCAAGCGGGACAUGAUGGAUAUGCGCAGCCGACUGUAUCAACUACGAAAAGAAAGGGAGGUCGUGGCAUUGCAGAUGGAUGCAGUACGCAGGAAGCACACGGAGGAGGAAAAUGCAAGCCUGGCGCGCACCAACAUCAACAAUUCGCUGCACAGCCUAGACCUAGCCCUCGAACGAAGCCAGAACCGGCCUGCAGGCGACUCGGCCGAGCCAGGUUCGUCCGAACCCUCUUUGACCGUUGGACUAGAGUUCAUGCUCCGUAGUGUUGCGGACAACGUGAGCUCCCGCGCCCUGGAGCGCAAGGGGGUCUCUUGA